GUCCCUAGCUUGUAGCCAUAGCCAUCAUGAAGACCUCUGGAUUGGUAGCGGUGCUGGCGGGUGCAUCGGUUGUGGAGGGAUUCUUGCCUGCCACCAGCAACUCCCUGGCGCUGCGCCAAUCACAACCAUCAUGUGUGUCCGGGAAGUCAAAGGCUGCCGUAGGACGUCAGUCGAGGGCCCAGCAGCAGCGGCAGUACAUGGUUGCCGCCCCUGCUAAGGAGGACACCGUGGCAGCGGUGCCCCACGGAGGCACGCUUGUUGACCUCAACCUCAAAACCGACGAAGAGAAGAAGGCAGCCAUUGCGGCCUGCGACAUCGAGAUAUACCUCAACCCUCGCCAGCUGUGCGACGCUGAGCUCAUCUGCAAUGGAGGCUUCAGCCCCCUGACGGGCUUCAUGACGGAGGAGGAGUACACGAGCGUGGUGGAGAACAACCGCCUGCCUAACGGAUUGCUCUUUGGCCUCCCGGUCGUGUACGACACGGACCGCGAAGACUUGAAGCCUGGGAUGAAGAUUUUGCUCAAGCAGGAAGGCAACGACCUGCCCAUCGCAACCAUGGAAGUCGGCGAGGUUUUCACGCCCAACAAGCCGCUCGAGACGCUCAAGUGCUACGGCACCUCCCAGCUCGAGCACCCCGGCGUGCAGAUGGUGGCCAUGGAGAAGGGCAAGUUCUACGUGUCCGGCAAGCUGACCGGGCUCAACCGGCCGGUGAGGGACUUCUUCUGCAAGACGCCGGCCGAGACCCGCGAGGACCUCCCCAAGGGCGUGGACGUGGUGGCUUUCCAGUGCCGCAACCCCAUCCACCGCGCACACUAUGAGCUGUUUACCCGUGCGCUUGACGCGGAGAACGUGGGCGGCGACGGCGUUGUGAUGGUGCACCCCACCUGCGGUCCCACCCAGGCGGAUGACAUCCCGGGAGACGUGCGGUACCGCACGUACGAGGUUCUUAAGGAGGAGACGGCGAACCCCCGCGUGAGGUGGGCGUACCUGCCGUACUCGAUGCACAUGGCCGGUCCUCGCGAAGCCAUGCAGCACAUGAUGAUCCGCAAGAACUUCGGGUGCACCCACUUCAUCAUCGGGCGGGACAUGGCCGGCUCCAAGAGCAGCGUCACGGGGGAUGACUUCUACGGGGCGUACGAGGCACAAGAGUUUGCGGCGGCUAACUCGGAGGAGCUGGGCGUGAAGUGCGUGCCGUCUUUGAACCUGGUGUACACGGAGGAGGAGGGAUACGUCACCGCCGACGUCGCUGAGGAAAAGUCUUUGACCAAGAAGUCUCUGUCGGGCACCAAGUUCCGCCAGAUGCUUCGCGGCGGGGAGGACAUCCCAGAAUGGUUUGCGUUCAAGUCGGUGGUCGACGUCCUCCGCUCGGCCAACUAAAUUGACCGAUUGAUAGAUUUCUCGACUAGUUAUUUGAUUGGGUGCGUUCAUUCAAUUUGAUGCCAUGGUUGGAAAAGAAAUGUCAAAUAAAAGCUCCGCCGUAUCUGGGUUGUCUGUGUUUAAGUUGUUGGUGAUGGGCUGUCAUUGUUGGUUGCCUGAUUCGGCCGGUUGGUUCAUCACAUAUAGUCUAGAGAGGAGGAGUGCGGGAGCGGGCAUAGAGUGAAGAAGAAACACUAUUAUAGCUGUUCGGCGAGUAGAUUCAAAAAAUGGACGUGUGUAGAUGCUGAUGGGUCUGAUCGCGGGUGUAAGCUGUUUUUUGAGGUCCUCACUUGCUGUUAGCUGCCCCCCCCCCGCGUCUCGCUGGUGGUUGUUGUUUGUCCUCGUGAAAGAUUAAGAUUUGCGGGAAGCCGCUAUGAUAGGACAACAGCCGCUAACCACGCCCGUCCAAUUUUCCAAGUAGACUAGAACUUAAAGAAGGGGGCGCGUAGUGUUUUAUGUUGUCGCUAGGUGGAGGUGGGGAGGCACGACCUGUCUCUUUCGUCUUGUGGUUAUCGUUUACCCUAGGAAAAUCACAAGUCUAUCGCCAUCAAUAACCUCGUAUCCUACGCAUAUGAGAUGAACCGC